UAAAAAUUUCUGGGCCUUCCUUCCUGGGCUCUUUCAUCCUACCACUGUGCCCAAGUCCGUAAAAAAACCCUAAAUCCCAGCUCCCUCUCUCAUUCUCUCUCAUAUCUUCCGCCUCCGAGCUCACAGACACGCCCCGCCGAACCAAAAAUGCCUUUCAAGAGGUACGUUGAGAUCGGAAGGGUGGCCCUCGUCAACUACGGCGAGGACUACGGCAAGCUCGUCGUCAUCGUCGACGUCAUCGACCAGAACAGAGCUCUUGUGGAUGCGCCUGAUAUGGUGAGGUCCCAAAUGAAUUUCAAGAGACUUUCCCUCACUGACAUCAAGAUUGACAUCAAGAGGGUCCCCAAGAAGAAGGAACUGCUUGCUGCAAUGGAGGCUGCUGAUGUGAAGAAGAAGUGGGAAAGCAGCUCUUGGGGUAGGAAACUGAUUGUUCAGAAGAGAAGGGCAUCUCUUAAUGACUUUGAUCGAUUCAAGCUCAUGUUGGCUAAGAUUAAGAGGGCUGGGCUGGUGAAGAACGAGCUUUCUAAACUGAAGAAGGAGGUUGCAGCUUAAGCAAUACUUUAGCCUUACAGUUUUGUCAUGGAUUUCCUUUUAAAACAGAACCUUGGAUUGUGUACCUCUGUUUUUGUUAAAACCGAUUUUAGAUUUCAGAGGAAUCAUUUCAAUUUUUCGUAUUGUUGAUGAA